AAUCACAUUUACGGAACGCGCUCCGACAACAAACAAAAGAUCGAGGCUAGCGGAGCCUAAUAUACUUUUCUCGAUCUGUCUUGCUUGACGUCUGCGGUUACUUCGCUUCGCAUUCAGACCUCCUCGUCUGUGUUUUAACUACUCUCAACUGAUCGUCUGAGCCAGAUUGUCCUCAUCUAUAUACUGUUUUUUCUGGCCUUUUUUCUGCUAAUGUCAAGCUGAGCCAUUUCAUAGAUCGCUUUGCCUUUGCUGGCCAAGCUAACCGUGUUAGCCAGGUUAGCCCGUCGGCUAACCUGUUCUGGUUGCCUCUCCGCGGCCAGAGAAGCCAGUUUAAGCCUAGCCUGAUAGCUAGUUAGCUUUGCUCUCAACCCACUAAAACUUGACACUGACAGACCCCUGCGGUUUCGGCUUGUUCCCGACAAGCCACAUCUCCAAAAAGUCGCGCCGAAGCCAUGUCUGGACAAUCGACAGGCUGUGGGUUUCUGAUGUCUGUUGUUGUCCACGGAGACUCGGCUCUGAACGAGCAGGAAAAAGAGCUCAACCAGCGACUCCGACGGCUCUAUCCAGCCGUUAAUGAAAACGAAACACCGCUCCCCCGCUCCUGGAGCCCCAAAGACAAGUUUAGCUACAUUGGACUGUCUCAGAACAAUCUGCGCGUGCACUAUAAAGGUCACGGAAAAACUCCCAAGGAUGCAGCAUCUGUGCGGGCCACUCACCCCAUUCCUGCUGCCUGCGGGGUCUAUUACUUUGAGGUGAAGAUUAUCAGUAAAGGCAGAGAUGGGUACAUGGGCAUCGGCCUUUCAGCUCAGGGUGUAAAUAUGAACCGGCUUCCAGGUUGGGACAAGCACUCUUAUGGUUAUCACGGAGACGACGGCCACUCCUUCUGCUCGUCCGGCACCGGGCAGCCCUACGGACCCACGUUUACAACAGGAGAUGUGAUUGGCUGUUGUGUUAACCUCAUCAACAACACCUGCUUCUACACAAAGAAUGGCCACAGCCUAGGUAUCGCCUUCACAGACCUCCCACCCAACUUGUAUCCCACCGUGGGCCUUCAAACUCCAGGGGAGGUGGUGGACGCCAACUUUGGCCAGCACCCGUUCGUGUUUGACAUUGAGGACUACAUGCGGGAGUGGAGGACAAAGAUUCAGGCCCAGAUUGACCGCUUCCCCAUCGGAGAGCGUGAGGGAGAGUGGCAGUCCAUGAUCCAGAAGAUGGUGGCGUCCUACCUGGUGCACCACAGCUACUGCGCCACAGCCGAAGCCUUCGCAAAGUCCACGGACCAGGCCGUGCAGGAGGAGCUGGCCUCCAUCAAAAACAGACAGAAGAUCCAGAAGUUGGUUUUGUCGGGUAGAAUGGGUGAAGCCAUCGAGACCACCCAGCAGCUGUACCCCAACCUCCUGGAACGGAACCCGGACCUCCUCUUUAUGCUCAAGGUGAGACAGUUCAUCGAGAUGGUGAACGGGACGGACAGCGAGGUGAGGUGUCUGGGGGGCCGCAGCCCCAAGUCUCAGGACAGUUACCCUGGCUCGCCGCGCUCCUUCAGCAGCCCGGGCCACAAAGCCGGCAGCUCGCAGUCCUACCUCACCGGUACAGUCCCGCGCUUGGCCAUGAGCCCCCACCCUGCAGCCGCUCUGAUCCCUGCUGCUGGUUUGUUUGCAGGGGUCGACAGCAACUGCUGUAAUGGCGUGGCAUCAAGUAAGAGCCACAGCUCCUCCCCUCACAGUCACAAGCCCUGCCCCCCUGGCUCUGGCUCCACCCUCCCAGUCACCGACGUUAGUCUGAAUGGGAGCCGCAGCCAGCUGCCCAUCACAAGCAACGACGUGGACAUGGAGGUCGACCACUUCACCAACGGAGUGACAGAACUAUCCUCUAAUGGUUUCCUCAAUGGCACGUCCAAGCACGCCACGGAGCCGGAGGACUGCGACGCAGACAUGGAGGUGGAGUCCGCUCAGGUCAAGAGGCAGCUGUGCGGGGGGAGCCAGGCCGCCAUCGAGAGGAUGAUCCAUUUCGGCAGGGAGCUCCAGAGCAUGAGUGAACACCUCCGCCGCGAGUGUGGCAAGAACUCUGCCAACAAGAAGAUGCUGAAGGACGCGUUCAGCCUGCUGGCCUACUCGGACCCCUGGAGCAGCCCGGUCGGCUACCAGCUGGACGCCAUUCAGAGGGAGCCGGUCUGCUCCACUCUCAACAGUGCAAUAUUAGAGACUCACAACCUUCCCAAGCAGCCCCCCCUGGCCCUGGCGGUGGGUCAGGCCGCCCAGUGCCUCGCCAUCAUGGCUCGAACAGGCAGCGGCUCCUGCGCCUUCGCCUCUGUGGACGAUUAUCUGCACUAGCCACAUGCGCACACACAAACACAAUCUCUAAAGGCCUGUCUGGUCAUGACCCCCCUCCCAGAACCAACACCACCACAAGUGUAGUCCUCUUAUCCGAGGGACCCCCCCUCUCUGCACGACGGCUAGAAACAAACCAUCUCACUCGCUCCUUGUUCCGCUUUGACACAGACGCCACAGAGGUAUGUGCGCGUGCGUGCGGGGGGGGUCACUCCUGGGGAGACCUUUAGAGAUGCCAACACAUACAUUUAACCCCCCCCCUCCUUUCAUCAUAAAUAAGGAACUUUGCCUCCACUGUGUUGCUCCCAUUCUCCGGGCUGACAGCAGGGGGCGCUGCAGUCAACUUGAAACUGCUCUGAGAGCCGAACUCACGGGGGCCCAGCCCUCACUCAAAUGGGGGGGGGGUGUGGCCUGGCAAAGAAGACAGAAAAAUCAUCGGAGUGAACAUCAUGCCCCCUUGUUCCUGUAACCUUGGCUUUCCGUGUGAACCAACUCUUCCCCCCCCCAUCCCCCCUCAAUGGGUGAGCAGGGUCACAGCAGCCCGUCUCUCUCCCUCAGCUCCAGGACAUGGGCGGAGCUUGGCAGGUGGACUCGGGACUUGUAAGAAGCCAGAGAGGAUCUGCGAUCUGGAUUUGACGUUCCAGUUUUUAACCCCCCCCCCCUUUUUUUUUUUGUUUUGUUUUUUUGUUUAGCUGUUGUGUUUCAGGGAGGGGCGGGGGUGGGAGGCAGAGUCCUGGUUUUUCUUUUGUUUUUAGUUUGUUCAGGUUUACAUGACAAUGGUAAUUCUUAUCAUCAUCAUUAUCAUCAUAUUAUUGUUGUUUGCAUUCAUAGUAUAUUUGUUGAGCAAGUCCCCCCCCCCCCCCCCAUCUUAUUCUAAUAAAGGCCCGAUUCCACAGACGGCGCUGACCCGCGCGUGUGCACAUGCUAGCAUCUUUCUUACAGAACAAACCUAUAUCAACAGCAUAUUUAGAGAAAAAACCCUUUAAAGUUCGACACCAGCGCCCCGCCCCGCAUGCAUGUCCACCUUACGUUUGGCCUCUUUGUAGCUUAAGUUUCGAUUCGGCCUUUUUUUUUUUUUUUUCUGAACUUGCCCUUCGUUCUGCAGAGCUACCUGGAGAUUCUUUAUUUUAAUGGUACUCCGUUGUCAUGGUAACCCUUGCCCACCCAGCCUAAGCAGCAGGUUUGAUGCAAAAAUCUAGAGAACUCAGGAACUGAAACUCCUCCUUAUUUGGCCCAACCCCCCACCCCCAAUUGGAUUUUAGUUAGAGGACACAGUUGAAGAACCUGGUGGCUCCUGCAGGAGCUUCGGAGCAACACCUUCCUGCUGAUUUUUCUCCCAAAGGUCCAUUUCUUUCUCAUCAGCCGACGUCGGCAAAUCGACGGAUUAGAAACUGUCCUUCCCCAGGCCAGGCGAGAACUUUCACCAGCCUCCACUUCUCUCCGUCACGAGGAGCAACAAGCGCUUUGAGUGUUUCAGGCCUCCUCUGUCUGUUCCCCCCCCCCUCUCCUCCUCUUCUUUUCUUUCCUCCAUUUUUUUAGGUUCUUCACUUUGUUUUUAUCCAGAUGACAAGCAGUCACGCCAUCCUUUGGAAAUCUUCUUAGACAGUGUUGUCUCUUUCUGAGUGCGGUCUGAACCUAUGCAUGCCAUAGUAAAAGUGGUGGUAAGAUCCAGUUAGAUGUCUCUUCUCUGAUUCUUUCGUUCGCCUCCUUUAAGCCAGUUCACGGUGUUUAAGGAAAGAUGUCAACCAGUAAGUUUGUCCACUGCUGACUGUGUGUCCAUUGGAGGAAAAAAAAUGUGCAAUUUGUGUGAGGGUCAAAAGAUUUAUAUUAAAAUAACAAAUGAGAAUCGCC